AUGUCCUGUGAUCCAAGGGAGGUUAAAGAACUAUCGGCUGAAGGCAACGAAUCCGUAUCCAAAGCAGAAGAAGCUUCCGACGUUCAUCCAGGAGAAACGAGUGCAAGGUCAUCCGAGGUUGAAGUGUGUAUUCUCGAAACGUUGGAUUCCCUUGUGGAGGAUUAUGACGAAGAGGAAGAUAAAGAUUAUCAGUUGGACAGCGAAGAGAGUGAAGACGAGGGCGAAUCUUCCGAAGAUGAAGAUUCUUAUGAUGACGUUGAUCCCGAAGAAUUAAAUGAGGUCGCGAAAUCUGCUGUCGAUCGACUGGAUCCGGUCGAAAAGUCGAAGUUGUUUGUUCCGGGGGUCACGGUCCUUCGCGACGGAAAAAGUUUUGCGUCUUUACGAAACAACGAUGCGGUUGAAGAACUCGCCGAAAAAUUCAAGCUCAUUUUUUCUUAA